AGUUAGUGACCCGUGUACCAACGGCGCGGAUUGGGCCGAGAAAAUCGUGUGGAUAAGUGUGACCUGGCAACGUAUGCGAGUGAGGACUCGGGCCUGAACUGAGAAGCAGCAGCCAAGCAGCCGCCGGUGGCCAUGGCGAUGAUGGGUGCUGCGGCGGCGGCAUCCACCUGCUGCAUCAGGUCGUGCGCCUCCCCUAGCCUGUCUCGCUCGCGCGUCAGGGCGCAGGCGACGUCGUGGGCCGGGGGCGCCGAGGCGCUGGUGCGGUCGGGCGCAGUGAAGGCCGUCCGGCCCAAGGACGCGGCGGAGGCGCUGGGCGCGGAGGGGUUCCGUCUGCUGGACGUGCGGCCGCCGUGGGAGCUCGCCCGCGCCAGCGUGCGGGGCUCGGCGCACGUGCCGCUGUUCGUGGGGGACGACGACAUGGGCCCCGUGACGCUGCUCAAGAAGUGGGUCCACUUUGGCUACAUCGGGCUCUGGACCGGCCAGGCCUUCACCAAGAUGAACCACCGCUUCGUCGACGACGUCGCCGCCGCCGUCGCCGGCGACGGCGGCAAGGACGCCAAGCUUCUCGUCGCCUGCGGCGAAGGCCUCAGGUCGUUGAUCGCGGUGAGGAUGCUGCACGACGAUGGGUACAGGAACCUGGCAUGGCUCGCCGGCGGGUUCAGCAAGUCCGCUGACGGCGACUUCCCGGGCGUGGAGGGGGAGAGCAAGCUUCAGUACGCCACCAUCGGGGGCGUGUCCUACAUCUUCCUCCAGAUCCUGCUGCUGCUGGGGGUGGUGAAAUGAUCCGCGAGCGGCGAGCCAGGCGCCUGCACAGUGGCACGGAGCCACGGAGCGCAGCCGCACACUGUACUCUCCCCCCAUGUCUCUCAUCUCCCUAGGCCUUUCGAUCCGAUCUCCUCUUUGCUUCGGUUUGCUAGUACCAAAUGUACUUCGAAUCUCUGGUUGUAGAAUAGAUAGCAGCAACUGAGUUUGUCGCAGCUGGACUUCUCACGUUGGCGCGACGAAGAAUUUGUGCACGACGCAUCCAGCGAUACAGACUAGUGGUCGUACAUUACUUUUUUUUGCGAAGGCGUACAUUACUUUUA